AAAGUUAAACACUGUUUUACUAAAGUAUUAAACAGUUAUACAACUGAUUGAACAGAAAAAAUAUUACACUAAAAGUAUUAUUUUUGAUUAUUAUGUUAAAAUGAUUUUACAAAUUAUAUUUUAUUUAUUAAUAACAUUAACAGUUUCCAGGGCUCGUCGAGAGUGUAUUGUAGAGCGGGUGCCAAAUGCCGAUACAGUGUGUGUCUGUAACGCAACAUAUUGUGAUGACUUCCCGUCUCUUCAGACACCGAAAUCAGGAUUCGUAAACGUCUUCGAGAGUAAUAAAGUCGGCGAUCGGUUUAAACAAACACAACUCAAAUUUAAUAGCAAUGGUCUUAAGUUUGGAUCACUAAAGGCUGUUAACAUUACAAUCAACAAAACUAUUAAAUACCAGUCCAUUAAUGGGUUCGGUGCGGCUUUUACUGACUCAACGGGACAAAUGUUAAAGAGUGUCAACGAAUCGUUAGCUAAUCUAUUAAUCGAUAGUUAUUUUUCUAAAGAUGGUAUCGAGUAUUCAAUGGGACGCAUACCGAUAGCCGGCACUGAUUUUUCUGACCGUCCGUAUAGUUAUGACGAUAACGAUGGAGAUCUGGAUCUCAAACAUUUUGCACUUCAAAGAGAAGAUCUCGAGUGGAAAAUCCCAUACAUUAAAAAAGCGCUUUCUGUUAGUCCACAUAAAGUCAAAUUGUUUGGCAGUCCAUGGAGUCCGCCCUCUUGGAUGAAAACUAACCAUAAAUUCAAUGAAAGCGGUGCCAUAAGGGGUGAUAUCGGCGGUCAAUACUAUCAAAGUUGGGCCAACUAUUUUGUUAAAUUUUUGAAUGCAUACAAAUCUCACGGUAUUAGUCUAUGGGGUGUGACCGUUGAAAACGAGCCAAUUCAGGGCCAGAAUCCUCAUUACACGUUCAACUGUUUGAAUCUAACAGCGCCGAUGGAAAGGGAUUUUGUAAAACUCAAUUUAGGACCAACACUUGAAAAAGCUGGUUAUGGAAAGGCCAGUGGUUUUAAUUUGAUGGUUUACGAUGACAAUACUGAUCGCAUUAAAGACUAUUUGGUGCCUAUAUUAUCGGACAAAGAAACGGCUAAAUAUGUUUCGGGUAUCGCCUAUCACUGGUAUGCAAAUCAUCCGAUGGGAGGCUUACCUGACGGUCUUCUAACUGAAUUGCAUAAUACUUAUACAAAUCAUUUCUUGUUGAACACUGAGGCCUGUCAUCUGGACGGACCUAAUUUGGGUCGAUGGGAUCAUGCAGAAAAAUACGCCUACGAUAUCAUCCGAGCACUUAACAACUAUGUGACCGGUUGGGUUGAAUGGAAUAUGGCAUUGGACAUGGAUGCGGGACCAAGGUGGAAUGAUAAACAAGGAUUUGGAGGAACUGUAAAUAUUGAUCCGAAAAAAGGGUUGGCCUACAAACAACCAUCAUUUUACGCAAUCGGACACUUUAGUAAAUUUGUAUCACCCGAAUCCAUACGCAUUGAUUAUAAAAUUGAUAAACCUAUUGAUGGCUUAUCUGUGGUAACUUUGGUCAGACCUGACAACCAAAAAGUACUAAUAGUUCUCAAUGCCGGCAAUGAAGACAUUGUUUUAAACAUUAAAGAGUCGGCUAAUGUUGUGUCACAUAAAAUAGUGGGUCAUUCAAUUCAAUCAUAUAUUUGGUAA